AUGGCUCCCAAGAUCGAGGCGCAGGAAAUUGAGACGUACUGGAAUAUCUUCUCUACCCGAACAGGAGGCGGCAAGUUCCUUACAGGUGAACAAGCUGCUCCUGUUCUAAAGAACAGUGGCCUCCGAGAUGAUCAACUAGAGCGAGUAUGGGAUCUUGCGGACGUGGAUAAUGAUGGAAACCUUGAUUUCGAGGAGUUCUGCGUUGCCAUGCGCAUCAUCUUUGAUAUUCUCAACGGGGAAUACGCGGAUGUGCCGACAACAUUGCCCGACUGGCUUGUCCCUGAGUCCAAGGCUCAUCUCGUGCAGGCUGGCCAAGCCAUCACCGGAAAAUCAGUACAGUUCGAGCAGGUUGAGGACGACUCGGAAGACCUGGGACUCAAAGACGGAUUCGAGUGGUACAUGAAGCCUGCGGACAAGGCCAAAUACGAGCAGAUCUACCAGGAGAACCGAGAUAUGCGAGGCGAGGUGGAUUUCCAUGCGCUUAGUGAUCUUUACGAGUCCCUUGAUGUUCCCGAUACCGAUGUCCGAUCCGCCUGGAAUCUGAUCAACCCCUCGGCGCAAUCGACUAUCAACAAGGACGCUUGUCUCGCAUUCCUACAUAUCCUCAACUACCGACAUGAGGGCUUCCGAAUCCCCCGUACCGUUCCGGCCUCGCUUCGAUCAAGCUUUGAGCGCAAUCAGAUUGAUUAUCAAGUCGACAACCAGCGAACAGGCGCUAACUCGCGAUGGGCCACCAAGGCUGAUGACACCACGAGUACCGGCCGCAAAGCUAAGUUCGGCGAUCAAUACCUAACGCGCCUGGGUCGAAGUGGCUUCAAGAGCUCGGGCACGGAUUUCUCGACGGAAAAGACGGAGGAUUGGGAAGAGGUUCGACUGAAGCGCAAGCUCCAGGACCUCGAGGAUAAGAUAAAGAAGGUGGAGGAGAUCGCGGAGCGCCGGAAAGGCGGCAAACGCGAUUCUAAGCCUGCACUUGUUAAGAAGGAACUCGAUCAAUUGCUCGAAUACAAGCGACGAGAACUUAGGGAACUGGAAGAGGGAACUGGUAAGAGCGCGGCUGGGGGGAGCCUCAAGAGCAUACAGGAAGAUCUCCAGACAGUCCGGGAGCAGGUUGAGGGUCUAGAGAAUCACUUGAGAACACGAGAACAAGUUCUUGAGCAGAUCAGGCGGGAGAUUGAAGACGAGAAGAGAGGAUAG